CCUAAGCUGACGUCGUUUGGGAAUCGGUCAUUGGACCCCGGAGUCUGGUAGCGCUGACCGUUUGUAUUCGGUUGCAUUUGACCUUGAUCGAAGAUAAAGAUGAGGCCGUUUCCUAGUUCCUGAGCUCUCUCGUCUCGUACUACUCCCUUCCCUUUUGCUCGUGGAAAUCUACAGAGCUCUUAUCCACGUACCGAGCUUUAACUGUCGCAGCUAUGAUUUCGAAAAAGCUUCUGCUUGAUUUGGCUCAUCAUCUUGGUUUUUAUAGUCUUCUUGUCUCGGGAAUUUCGUUCAUCUAUGUUCUUGGCGUGAUAGUUUAUAGACUGACGCUUCAUCCUCUCGCUAAAUAUCCCGGCCCCUUCCUAGCAAAGAUCACGGACGUGUACUUAGCCUAUCAUGCCUGGAAAGGCGAUAGACAUCUCGAAUUUUACCGUUGCCAUGAGAAAUACGGCACUCAUGUGCGAAUGGGUCCCAAUCUCCUUUCUGUCAAUACCAAUACGGCUUUGAAAACAAUCUACGGACACCGAGCAAACGUACGCAAAGCCGACUUUUACACGGCCUUCCCAGCAAACAAACAUACCUUCAACGUGCAUUCGUCUAUCGACAAGAUGGCUCAUGCUCGCAAACGCAGGGUCCUAUCUCACGCCUUCUCAGACUCCGCAAUCAAGGCCAUGGAGAGGUACGUGAUUGAUAAGGUGGAAACGUUCUGUCGGGUUCUGCCUCAAGCUCCAUUCGACCUGCUCAAGGCAGGACACAGCACCAAUGAAGUUGACGGCUGGAGCGCGCCGAAGAACAUGGCCGAUAUGUGUGACUGGCUCGCCUUCGACAUCAUGGGCGAGCUUGCAUUUGGAAAGAGUUUUGACAUGCUUGAGAGUCCGGACAACAGAUUUGCGACUGCUCUUGUUGGCAAUGCUGCACACAGACAUUUGAUUUGUGGAACCCAUCUGACCAUUCACAACUGGCAUCUUGAUAAAGUCCUCUUUCACAAGAUCGCCGCGUCUCGUGCUCAGUACAUGGCGUAUAGCAAGCAGCAGGCUCAGGAACGUACCAAGCUUGGCCUGGAUGUGGACAGGAAAGAUUUCUUCUACUACCUCCUCAAUGCAAAGGACCCAGAGACCGGGCAUGGCUUCACACCCGCAGAAUUGUGGGGUGAGAGCAACUUGCUCAUAAUAGCCGGCUCAGACACUACCUCCACGGCCUUGGCAGCCACGUUCUUUUACCUCACCCACAAUCCUGAUGUCCUCGCCAAGGCCGUCGAAGAAGUCAGAAGCACGUUCGACAGCGUUGAAGAGAUCACACACGGUCCGAAGCUGACGUCCUGCCAUUAUUUACGCGCUUGCAUUGAUGAGGCUAUGCGCAUGUCGCCCCCAGUGGGAGGUGGUCUACCGCGUCACAUCCUACCCGGCGGACUGGACGUCGACGGUAUCCACUACCCAGCCGGCAUCGAUAUUUGCGUCCCGCAUUACACCAUCCAUCACAACCCCAACUACUAUCCGGACCCAUUCAAAUACGAUCCCAGCCGCUGGCUGCCGGAGCUCGCAUCACCUGAACUGGCCAAGUACCACGAGCUUGCCCAGAGUGCCUUCUGUCCCUUUUCGAUCGGACCACGCGGGUGCAUAGGCAAGGGCCUGGCGUACGUGGAGAUGACGACGACGCUGGCAAGAACCCUGUUCAGCUUCGACAUGAGGUUAGCGCCAGGAACGACACUUGGUGAGGGGGGAGCGGAUCUUGAGGAAGGUAGAAGGCGAACGAGCGAAUACCAACUCAAGGAUACAUUUACCAGCAUGAAAGACGGGCCGCUAGUGCAGUUUAAGCCUGUAAGGAGAUGAUACGCGCCAAAAAAAAAAGUUUCCACAGAAUCAUUGAAUUUAAAAGUUACAUAUCCGAAGAGAAAUAUGUGUGAGCAUCUAUAUGUACAGCGCAACAAAAUGCUGAUCCCUUUGUAAUAUCGCACGUCACCUUCUUCAUCAUCCCA